AUGACCAUUUAUGUCUGUCAGGAGGUGGAGCAGAGCCGGGCACCCCCGCAGCAGAAGCGGGAUGGUGGUGGGGACAGCGGUCUGUGUGUGUACCAUGCCAUCUUCUUGGAAGAGCUGACCACCUUGGAGUUGAUUGAGAAGAUCGCCAACCUGUACAGCAUCUCCCCACAGCACAUCCACCGGGUCUACCGGCAGGGGCCCACGGGCAUCCACGUGGUGGUCAGCAAUGAGAUGGUGCAGAAUUUCCAGGAUGAAUCCUGUUUUGUCCUCAGCACCUUAAAAGCGGAAAGCAGUGAUGGCUACCACAUCAUCCUGAAAUGUGGCCUCUGAGCAGCACAGAGCGGCAGCUGCCUCCACCUCCCAGCCCCGUGGACCGCCUUGGAUGUAGGAAUUGCACCAUCAGAAGCUGCAGCCUCCCUGGCCAGCUGCGGCUACAGGGGCCCUUGCCAGUCUAUGGAAGCCGCACACCGGCAGCCAGCAGAAACCCACGCAGACCCCUGCAUGCAGAUCCCCCCUGGCUCCUCUCUCCCUUGCUCCUGGCCGCCAGCUUUUGAAUGGUCCCUUGGUCCUUUCCCCACACCUACCUCUGUAAAGAGGCCGACAGCGGUGAGGGGGGCAUCCGGUCUGAAACGCCUUGCUCUCCUAGUUGGAGGCUAGUUCAUGGGCUGUCUUGGUGCCAGUGUGUUUGUUCCUUCAGACCUCUCCCCUGCCUCCAGACAAAGCUCUGCCCAACCUUCGCCUUCUUCUCCGGUAACUGGCUCCAUGGCCAGGACUGCUGACUAGAUGGGGGCAAUUUGCCACCAUCAUCUGUCUUCGUGUUGAUUUCCGUUCUUGAUGACCCUGGUGAGCAUCUAUCUGUCCUGUUCUUGGGUGGAUUGAUGGGAGUGGGGUUUAUUCCGUGCCUUCUUCUUUCACUUUACCUUGUUUCUAAGGAUCUGCUACUACAAAGCCCAGAGGUGGGCUCACCUCUCUGCGUAGCUGUGGUGGACACCACAUAUGCCUGUGGGACCUGCCACACAGAC